GCCCCGCGGCGCGGGUCCCGUGUCCCCGUGUCCCCAUGCACCAUGUCCCCAUGCACCAUGUCCCAUGCCACCACGCCUGCAUGCUGCCGUGCCCGGUGCAGCCCUGCGGGGUCCGACGGGGCUGGGCUGGACAGUUGGGGUCAGGGUCCCGUCCCCGGGGUCAGGGUCCCGUCCCAACCGUGAGACUCCCAUCCCAGCAGUGAGGGGCCCAUACCUGUGGCGGGGUCCUGUCCCCAGGGUCCCGUCCCCACAAUCGGGGCCCCAUCCUGCUUUUCGGGGUUCCAACCCCGUGACCAGGGUCCUGUCCCCAUGGUGGGGUCUGUCCUCAUGAUCAGGGUCCCAUCCCCAUGAUCAGGGUCCUGUCCCCGCGGUGCGCUCUGUCCCACGAUUGGGUCCUGUCCCCACAAUCUGGUCCCGUCCCCGCGGUGGCCGUGUCCCUGUGUUGAGGUGCCGUGUCCCGGCGGCGGCUCUGUCCCCGUGGCAGCCAUGUCCCCAUGGUGGCCGUGUCCCCGCGGUGGCCAUGUCCCCGUGUCCCCGUGGUGGCCGUGUCCCCGUGGUGGCCGUGUCCCCGUGUCCCCGUGGUGGCCGUGUCCCCAUGGUGGCCGUGUCCCCGCGGCGGCCGUGUCCCCGUGUCGAGGUGCCGUGUCACCGUGGUGGCCGUGUCACCGUGGUGGCCGUGUCCCUGUGUUGACGUGCCGUGUCCCCGUGGUGGCCGUGUCCCCGCGGUGGCCGUGUCCCUGUGUUGAGGUGCCGUGUCCCGGCGGCGGCUCUGUCCCCGUGGUGGCCGUGUCCCCGUGUAGAGGUGCCGUGUCCCCGUGGUGGCCGUGUCCCCGCGGUGGCCAUGUCCCCGUGUCCCCGCGGUGGCCGUGUCCCCGCGGUGGCCGUGUCCUCGUGUCGAGGUGCCGUUUCCCCGUGGUGGCCGUGUCCCCGUGGUGGCCGUGUCCCCAUGGUGGCCAUGUCCCCGUGUUGAGGUGCCGUGUCCCCGUGGCAGCCAUGUCCCCGUGGCAGCCAUGUCCCCAUGGUGGCCGUGUCCCCGUGGCGGCCGUGUCCCCGUGGCGGCCGUGUCCCCGCGGUGGCCGUGUCCCCGUGUUGAGGUGCCGUGUCCUGGCGGCGGCUCUGUCCCCGUGGUGGCCGUGUCCCAAUGGUGGCCGUGUCCCCGCGGCGGCCGUGUCCCCGUGUCCCCACGGUGGCCGUGUCCCCACGGUGGCCGUGUCCCCGCGGUGGCCGUGUCCCCGUGUCCCCGUGGCAGCCAUGUCCCCAUGGUGGCCGUGUCCCCGUGGUGGCCGUGUCCCCGUGUCCCUGUGGUGGCCGUGUCCCUGUGUUGAGGUGCCGUGUCCCCAUGGUGGCCAUGUCCCCGUGGUGGCCAUGUCCCCGUGGUGGCCGUGUCCCCGCGGUGGCCAUGUCCCCAUGUCCCCACGGUGGCCGUGUCCCCGCGGUGGCCGUGUCCCCGUGUCGAGGCGCCGUGUCCCC